AUGGCUGCUACAACGGAAACGCCGUUCACAGGAGCUAGUGCCAAGGGAUCUUUCACAACUACACCGUCGGCUACCGAUCCAUAUACCUAUCAAGUAGGCUUUGGCAAUCGGUUUGCAACUGAAGCCCUGCCUCAAGCCCUCCCUCAAGGUUGCAACACGCCCCAAAAAUGCAAGUACGACCUCUUCUCAGAACAGCUGAAUGGAACGCCUUUCAUCUCGCCCCGUGCAUCGUUAUUGCACGCUUGGUUUUACCGCAUCAGACCUUCGGUCGCGCAUAAACCUUUCAAGAAGAUGCCCAAAAAUCCCGACUUAGAGGCCACAUUUUCUCCCCUGAACCCAAAUGUCGACUUCACGCCACAGGACUUGGGUUGGUCCAAAUUUGAACUGCCACAACAGAGCGAGUCAGUUGAUUUUGUUCAGGGCUUAAAGACAAUCGCCGGGCAUGGCGACCCUACCUUGAAGGAGGGUAUCGCUGUGCACAUCUAUUUAGCCAACACGCCAAUGAAGAAGAAAUCGUUCUGCAAUAACGAUGGAGACAUGCUCAUUCUUCCCCAGGAAGGCCGCUUGGAUAUCCAGACCGAGUUUGGAAAAUUGAUGGUGCGGCCCGGAGAGCUCGUUGUCAUUCAGGCGGGAAUCAGAUUCACUGUUGGUCUCCCAGACGGCGUUGGCCGCGGAUACAUUCAGGAGAUCUACGGUGCUCACUAUGAGCUUCCAGAGCUUGGCCCGAUUGGGUCGAACGGCAUGGCGCUGCCUCGCGACUUUGAGAUUCCCGUGGCCAGUUUCGAGGUGGAUCAAUCCACCUGGGAGAUGGUGGUGAAGCUGGCCGGAGAACUGUUUGUGUAUGAGCAAGAUCAUACACCGUAUGAUGUGAUCGCGUGGCAUGGGAACUACGCUCCGUACAAAUACGCCAUGGAGAAGUUCAUCAGUUCCGCGACCGUCGACAGAGAUCAAAGUGAUCCCUCAAUCUACUGUGUCCUUACGGCCAAGUCCAAGAUCCCUGGAGUCUCAUUAAGUGACUUCCUCGUCUUCACACCCAAAUGGUGUGUCACUCGCAACACUUUCCGCCCCCCAUACUACCACCGCAAUGUAGCAACUGAGCUUAUGGGUAUGAUGUAUGGCCAGUGGGCUGGUUCUGCCACCCAACUUGAGCCAGGAGGCUUGACUUAUGAGCCAAGCUAUAUGCCACACGGGGAAUCAUAUUCGCGAUGGAAGGAGGCGACAACUGUGGAGUUGCAGCCGCAACGAAUUGGAGAAGGGGCAAUGGCCUUCAUGAUGCACAUUUCAGCUCAUACGGGGCUGACGAAGUUUGCUCUUGAGCGGAGUGGGACGCUUCAACCCAUACCGGAGGAUACGUGGGAUGGCUUCCAUGCCGGUUUCAUGGACCAUUUAGACAAGGCAAAUUCUGACCUUGAAUCUUGUAAAUAG